UUUUUGAGAUUGUCGAACCUGCUCACACGUCCGCUGUUGGCUCACUGUAACAGAUUGUAUCAAGUCUGACUCGUUUCUCAUAUGAGUAAUUUGUGACUGUUGUGUGACAUUUCGUUUUUUUUGUCUGCGUAUUUAAUUUGUCUCUAAUUUAUUCCUACGCACAAGCAAGUUUAGAACUAUGGAGGGUUCCGGAGAAGGAGGAGUGGGUGGACCGCACAACACACAGCAAGCUGGGGCAAGCAAAAAGCUGCAGCAAACACAGGCGACCGUGGACGAAGUCGUUGGCAUAAUGAAGGUUAAUGUUGAAAAGGUGUUGGAACGAGAUCAGAAACUUUCGGAGUUGGAGAAUCGAGCUGACGCUCUUCAAGCGGGCGCGACACAGUUUGAACAGCACGCAGGAAAAUUAAAGCGAAAAUACUGGUGGAAAAAUCUCAAAAUGAUGAUCAUCAUUGGCGUUAUAUGUGUUGUCAUAUUGAUUAUCAUUAUCGUUUCGGCUCUACCAAGUUCAUCGUCGGACAACUCGGACAACAAGUCUUCGCAGUGAUAACGUUGUACCAAAGGAAAGAUGUCAUUCCGAGAUCCGCCUUUCUUUCUCUCUCUCUCACUCUCUCUUUUAGGAUAAGCUCUAUGUGUUUGAUAAAAUAUCGGGGAUUUACAAACUAAAGCACAACACAAAUUUGUGAAAAAACUAACGACUGAGGAGUAGUAAAGUUAAUAUUAUUUUAAUAUUAAUUUAUAAAAUGUAACAUUGGGAAUAGAGAGAACAUAUUUUUGAGACUUAUAAUAUUGUAUAUCAAAAUGCACAACGAUCAGAUCAACAACCAGUAUUAACACAGGUGGUUUUUCUUUUAAAAACAAACAAUUGUCUAAAUGUUUGCACCCAUGUUAAUCUUGUUGCGAGAACGCUUGCAAGUUUAUUAAAAUAAUAUAUUUGUAUACUCUUUCCGCCGAGUUUACGUUGACAUUGAA